AUGGAAGAGAAAACCGCUCGUUCAAGUGAAACUGACUUGCCGGUAGUGCACGUCGAAAGCCCAGACAAGGGAGAUGGCCCCUUUGAGGAGCCCCCUCGCAAGUCAUGGUUCGGUACUAUCGUGAACAAGCUCGUUUUGUCGGGUGUUGAGAUGAGAAGCCUGGAACCUGUUCCGGUCGAACAGCGCACACAUACAAAGUAUUACAAUAUUUUGACACUAUUCGGAGGAUCAUUCAUGUCGCUUUUACCCCGUCCUCCCAAACCUGACCGUGCUCGAGAAGACAUCAUCUUAAAACAAAGAAAAAGACGUGCUGAGGACGUCUGGGACCACUUUCGAAAGCCACAAGAGGACGAAGACAAGAGAGGAAAGGAUGGACAGUCAUUAAUGUACUGCAAAAUUUGCAAUGGAAGGUGGUCUACUGCGAUUACGACAAAUGCACGUGGCCAUCUUGCGAACAAGCAUCAAAUAUACAUUGAGGUUGCAGAGCCAAAGGGCAAGAAACCACGCCAAUUAGCCCUCGAUAUCUCGUUUCAAAAUGCUACACAGAAGCUAGCGGAAAGGGACAGUUUCGAGUUGAGAGAGAAGCUCCGCAACGCUAUUGACAGGGACGCUUUUUAUGAAGCACAGAUCCAGCUCAUUACUCGCCGCCGGAUGGCCUUUAAUUGUGUUGAAUGGGCUGAAUAUCAAGCACUCCUCAUGUCUAUUAACCCAGAAGUCGAAAGCCUCCUUGUCGAAUCACAUUCAAGCAUCCCAAUCCAUAUUGAGCGCAGCUUCCGCAAGCAUUAUGGAACCGUCAAGAGCCGGCUCCAAAAUGCUAGGUCUCAAAUUCACUAUAGUAUCGAUCUCUGGAAAUCACCAAACCGCAAAUCAUUCCUCGGCAUUUGCGCACAAUUCGUUGAUAAUGAGUACGUUCUUCGAAAGGCGCUGUUGGCACUUCUACAGUGGCGCUUUUCACAUAGUGGUGAGACAAUGGCAGCCCACAUUCUUGAUGCGAUCAAAGCUUAUGAGAUUGCCGAAAAUACUGGAUAUAUUGUUGGGGAUAAUGCUUCAAGUAAUGACACUUGUGUUGCGGCCAUUGGAAGAGAGCUUAUCAAACUGGGAAUUGAAUUUGAUGGGAAGAAGCGCCGUAUUCGUUGUUGUGGUCACAUCAUCAAUCUCUCUCUUGAAGCCUUUCUUUUUGCAAGCACUGUCGAAGCACUCGAAGCUGCUAUCGAGGCUGCAAAGGAAGAGGCAGACCUCACCAUUGUAGAGGCAUUACAAGAACAACUUCGAGAAAAGCAAGGUAAGAAAGGCAAGAAGAAACGACUGGGUGAUGAGGCUGGAUGGCAGUCAAUCAGUGCACUCAGUAAUCUCCAUACUAUCGCCGUCUUCAUUCGCUCCUCAUCGAUCCUUUCAGAUGAAUGGGAGACCUUAGCCGGCAAAACGUUAGGCAUUGAUAAUGUCACCCGAUGGAAUUCAUGGUUUAAUCUCAUUAAAACAGCGGUUGAGAAGCAAGCAAAGUUGAUGAUCUUCUGUCAAAACCAUCAUAAAGAACUUGGACCAGCAGUUCUCUCGCCUCAAGAUUGGGAGACUCUUAAAAUUACUCUGGAGUUCUUACAGCCCUUCUCUCAAGCGACGCUUAUUCAAGAGUCAAAAUGGUCAUCUCUUGAUCAGGCACUCUGGACGAUGGAUGUACUGUUUAAGCAUUACGAGCAAGCGAAGGCCAAGUACGCCCAUAACUCCCAUAUAGUCAACUCCAUCAAUAUGGGCUGUAUAUUGACCUUCAUUGGGAUCCAUCUUGGUGUGGGCCAGCCCUCAGAGCAGCGAGGGAGGUCUGGGCAAAGUACAAAGAUCUGCCACUUCAAGACAAAUGCAAACCGGGGGGCGAACGACAGCCAUGAGCUCUCAGAGUUUGACAAGCUUGCGCAAGAGCUUGAUGUUACUGAGGAUGACGGUGAGGAUGAAUUUGAGAAGUUCGUUACAUCGUCGCCACAUAAGAUUACCUGCUCCCCUUUACAAUGGUGGUGUAAAGAAGAACAGAGAUUGGAGUACCCUCGUCUCCACAAAAUGGCUAUUGACAUUCUCUCUAUCCCGCCAAUGUCAGACGAGGCAGAACGUGUCUUUUCAGGUGUUAGACGUACAAUCUCUUGGGAUAGGGCAAGGCUAGGCGCUUGGAUUGUGGAGAUGACAGAGCUUUUAGGGAAUUGGAAUAAGAAUGAUCUUAUUCGAGUUCUGCAUGUACUAACUGGCGAAGAUGAUGAAGUUAUUAGCCUUUCAGAGACUGGCGGCAAUGAAAUUGACAUCGUCGGCGGUGACAACUCGUCACACCUGAUUGGGACUACACCAACGCUUGUUUUUGGCCUAUCGUUCCGCGAUGCUGCCAUUAUGAUUCCUACGAUGCAGCUGAUUCUGAUAUGUCCCACCCUCUACAUCCUCACGCUUGCUCCUCAACUUGGCAUGCGACAAUCAGUGCAACUACGAUACGCCUUUGGGAGAUAUCCCAUCGCUCUCGUCUCCGUCAUAAUCAUCAUAAUGACAGGCAUAUUCGGCAUCCUCGCUUCAGUCGGAGGAGCCGAAUGUCUCUGGGCAGUCCGCCCAGGCACACUCCCCAUCGAAGGUGCCGUAGGUAUAAUCUUCAUCGGCGCCUUCAUUAUCGGCUUCAUCGGCUACGGCUGCCUCCACUUCGUCUGCCAAUAUAUCUGGAUACCCAAUAUCAUCGUCCUAAUUGUUCUUGUCUGUUGCGCGGGACCGCACUUAAAGCAUCAAGCUCCCGCAGCCGUCACCGGGGCAAGGCCCUUUCUUGCCACGAUCUCAAUCUGCGCAUCAAACAUGAUCACUUGGGGAGUUCUUGUGGGGGAUUACGCAUGCUACAUGCCUCCAAAGGCGCCCAGGCUUCGACUUGCACUUUACUGUCUUAUGGGCUUGUAUGUGCCGUUCUCGCUGCUCAUGAUCUUGGGAGCUGCCAUUGGCGGUGCCAUACCGGCUAUUCCUUCCUGGACUGUUGCAUAUCAACAGGGGAGUUUUGGCGGCGUCCUCGGUGAGAUUUUGACAUCUCGAGUUGGUGGUUUCGGUCGGUUUUGUUUGGUCAUUCUAGGGUUCUCAAUUGUCACAACAUCGGCUCGGGAUAUGUACAGCAUCUCAUUGUACCUGGCGUCAAUUAUUCCACGUCUUCAUCGGGUACCGCGAGUGCUGGUCUUGAUAGCAACGGCUGGAGCUAUGACGGGCAUUGGGAUCGCUGCCUCCAGCUCGUUUCUCCCGUCGCUCAGCACGCUGGUCAGUAUCGCUGGCUACAUGACUGGUCCCAUUGUCGGUUGUUUCCUCGUUGAGUAUCUGGUGUUUCGAAAAGCAUAUCCCACUAGUAUGAACCCGACUAUUUGGAACAAUCCCAAAGCUCUACCUACUGGAAUACCUGCACUCAUCUCAACAUUGGUCCCGUGGGCGUUGAUCGUUCCGUCAAUGGAUACGGUAUGGUAUUCAGGUCCUAUUGCAAAGGUUGUAGGGGAUUUGGCAUGGGAGCUCGGAACUGCGAGUGCUGUGGUUCUCUAUCUGCCGUUGAGAGCAAUGGAAAUUUCAUUUCGGGGGCGCUUGUAA